CAUGACCACAAGGACUCGGAGGACGGCAUGCCCCCCACGUCCGACUUUGUCAAGAAGCUCUACAAGAUGCUCGAGGAUCCGUCCUUCCACGACGUCGUCUCAUGGGGCCCACACGGCGACUGCUUCGUCGUCAAGGACAUGAACGAGUUUACAAAGUCCAUCCUCCCUCGCAUGUUCAAGCACUCCAACUUUGCCUCCUUCGUCCGCCAGCUCAACAAGUACGACUUUCACAAGGUCAAGAACACGGACGAUAACCAGUUUGGCGAGCACAGCUGGACGUUCCGCCACCCCGACUUUCACGCCGACCGCCGCGAUGCCCUCGAGAACAUCAAGCGCAAGGUCCCCGCCGCCCGCAAGUCCCUCCUCGGCGCCCGCAGCGCCGCAGCGGGCGGCGGCGGUGGCCCCGGCGCGGGCUCGCCCUCGCCCGCCUCGACGACCCUCGACGCCCUCCAGGGCCAGGUCGCCGCCCUGCUCCAGACGCAGGACGACAUGGCCGCCCACAUCCGCAACCUCGAGAACAACUACCAGAACGUGCUCGCGGAGAUGGUCAACUUCCAGCGGAACAUGGCGCAGCAGGACGGGCUCAUGCAGAACCUGAUCGGCUACUUUUUGCAGUUGGAGAAUGGUCAGUAGCGUGUCGUGUUGUCGUUGUUGCUGUUGUUGUUGUCUGCUUCGGCCCGGCGGCGGGGGGCUGUGUAUUCGUACCGUCGGGGUCGCUAUGUGGGGUUUUUUCUCCUUCAUUGGGCUUUUUUUUCGUUUCUUUUUGGGUGGGGGCGGCGGCGGCGGCGGCGGCGGCGACGGCGGCGAUGGCGGCGACGUUGGAGGACUCGGAUGGACUUCGUGUUUCGCAUUCCCCACUCUCCCCUACACACACGCACGCACACACACACACACACACUAGUCUCGUCGCGCGUAGAUGUUGCAAAGCAGAAAAGAUGAACGGCAGCCGCGCCGCGCCGCUUCCCCCCUCCCUCCCUCCCCCCCUCUUUCUCUUUCUCUUUCUCUCUCUUCUCUCUUUCUCGCCUCUCUCUCGCGCGUCUCUCUCGCUGCCUCCCGUCGUGUGCAUCCCAAUCUAUUUUAUUUGUCUGUCGUGCUCUCAUUUUUUAUAUAUGACACGGGAAGCUGACUUGCUCUCUUCCCUCCUGCGCUUCC